GUGCCAGCACCAUGCAGCAGCAGCCCGCACGCGCUGUGCGCAGCCCCUGUGCUGGUCUGGCCCUAGCGCUCCUGUGCACGGGCCCCUGGCUCGCUGCCGCCCUUGCCCCGUGGGGACAUGAAGCUCAGUGCGAAGUGUGUAAAGGAUUUUUGGACAGAUUUUACAACUCAUUAAAAGAAAAACAUUCUGACUUCACUGUAGCCACCAUAGAGAAAGAACUGGUUAACAGCUGCCUGGAUACAAAAGGAAAAGAACAUCGUUUGUGCUAUUACAUUGGGGCAACAAGUGAUGCAGCCACGAAGAUCAUCAGCGCGGUCAGCCGCCCAAUGAGUGCUCAUGUGCCUGUGUCGAAGAUAUGCGAGAAACUGAAGAAGAACGACAUUCAGAUCUGUGAGCUCAAAUAUGAAAGGAAACUGGACUUAAACUCGGUGGAUCUCUCCAAGAUGAGAGUGGCUGAGCUGAAGAAGAUCCUGGAGAGCUGGGGAGAAGUGUGCAGAGCAUGCAUAGAGAAAACAGACUUUGUGAACUUGAUUAAGGAGCUGGCACCUAAGUAUACGCUUACAAACCCCAAAUCAGACCUUUGAUACUUGUGCCAACCUCGUGCUUGCUAUGGUAGGUCACUCUCUGUGCACAAAGUAUGACUGACAAUGGAAUAGCUGGGCUAAAAAACUUAUUAUUUGGUUACAACUCACAAGUGCCAAAAAACGGAGUUGCUUAUCUAGCACCACAAAAGGGCAUUGUACUUGACAGACAAGACAAGGUCACUGCACCAAGGAACAUAAUAUAUAAGAAUCAAAUUGUAUUUGUACUGCAAUAGCAAAUAGAGUCUUCAGCCCCACUGUGCUAGCACUGUACACACACAUAACAAAAAAAUGACCCCUGCCCCAGAGAUCUUAUACUCUAAAGUAGAAGAGGAGAGACCAAGCCCCACCCCCCUAAACAAACCCAAAAUAGACCUUUAGCUAAACCAGUGUUGUGUGCUUUGACCAUAUUGGUUUAAAAACCAUUAAAUAUUAUUAACAAAAUACUGUUAUUUUCCAUGACAUAAUAUAUACCAUUAUAAGCAAUUUGAUAAUAGUAUAACUGCAUCCACAGUAGAGGGUUGCAUCUGUUCAACUACAUUGGUUUCUAAACCAAUCUGUUUAAAUCAAUACACAAACUGUGUGGAGACCAGCCUUUCUGUCUGUUCAAACCUGGCUUAUAUUGGUAUAGCUUGCAAUGUGCAGGCACAACUUGUACAUAAAUAAGCCAUGUUUAAACCAGUGCAGUAAGUCUCUAUGCAGAGGCUUUCACCAGUUGAAUUGAAUUGGUGAAAUUUCUGUAGAAAAUCUUCUUUGCAGCCUCUGCCUCAUUCAUUACACACCUUUUAACUCCUGCAGUGAAUGAGGCAGGGGCCUUACAACCAGCAUUGUGUCGUGAAUGAAGCUGUUAUCUCAUCCACUGUCCAUCUUGUGAAUUUCCAGUCCUAGGUCGACACCUUGAUAUAUUCAGGGAAGAGCAAUAUUUUUAUUUAAGCGUUUGGAAACAGAGAAAAUAGAGGCGGAAAAGACCUAUUUGAUUAUUUAGUGUAUUCCUUCUUCCAGUUGAGGUACUUCAGGGGGUCCACAGGCCCUGCUGAUUAACUCCUCCCCCUCCCUCCCUGUGCCUCCUGCAUGCCACAGAACAGCGGUUCCUCAGCA